CCCCUCACCGCCAUGCUCCCUGGGCCCUGGGGUGAAGGGAAUUGGAGGGGCUGGAGGGGUGACCCUGCGUUCUCCAGCCACUUGUCACCUCACCCACCUGGACCCCUGGAGGAGACAUAGCUGGGAGCCCGGGGCUGUGGUGACAGUGCAGCAGCAGGGGAUGGAGCCUAGCGACAACCGCAGUGUGAGUCUGGAGAACCUGGACCCGGAGGAGAUGGAGAAGGUUCUGGGAGCGGCGCUGGGCGUCCGGCGAGUGGGGAGGGACCCUCGGAGAAACCCCACCACCCGGGAGGGCUCCCUGUCUUCCCUCACGGAGGAGGAGGCAGGGUCCGACCUGCAGCACUACUCCGUAUUGGAGGAACAGUCCAACCAGCUGCAGAGCUGCAGUGCGUCGGCCCCAACCCUCAGUGUGGUGCGUCGCAGCAACCCUCCCAGCAUGGCCCCCCGACCACGCUCCAACUGCUAUGAGACUUUACCCUACGGUCAACUUGGAGGGUCCACGCAGAGUGUGGAUAGUGACCUGGGUCUGCUGCUCUGGGGGAGAGAGGGAAGCUGGACAGAGGUCGCAAGAGAUGAUGCCCGGGAGGAGGUGACAGCUAGCCCUUUAGUGCGCACCUUCAGUUUCCUACGCAAGAUGGCCGGCAACCGCAAGAAUAAGGAGAAGGAGCGCAUGAGGGAGAGGGAGAAGGAGGCGCGGGACAGGGAGGCGCGCUACAGCAACGGGCAUCUCUUCACCUCCCUCACCGUGUCAGGGACCACCCUCUGUUCAGCAUGCAACAAGAGCAUCACUGCCAAGGAGGCCCUCAGCUGCCCCACCUGCAGUGUAACCAUCCACAACCGCUGUCGAGACACGUUGCCCAACUGUACCAAAAUGAAACAGAGGCAACAGAAGAUGGCUCUCAUGAGGAACAACUCAUCUCUGCAGAACGUGACCCUUCGUACCAAAACCCCCAUGAUGAGGGAACGCCCCAGCUCAGCCAUCUACCACUCUGACAAUCUCUGCCAAUCCCUGCUGGGCUCACGCCGCGGACGCUCCGGCCUUUCCCUCUCCAAGAGCGUCUCCACCAAUAACAUUGCAGGGAACCUGAAUGAUGACUCUCCCUUGGGGCUGCGCAGGAUCCUGUCCCAGUCCACAGACUCGCUCAACUUCAGGAACAGAGCUAUGUCCAUGGAGUCGCUCAACGACGAGGGGGAGGUGUACUACGCCUCCAUGCUGGAGGAAAUGGAGAUCGAGGGGCGGGAUUUUGAGGCGGACUCAUGGAGCAUGGCGGUGGACUCGGGCUACCUGCAGACGCAUCGCAAAGACAUCAUCAAGAGACAGGACGUCAUCUAUGAACUGAUCCAGACAGAGCUGCACCACGUGCGGACGCUUCGCAUCAUGGAGCGGGUGUUCCGCCAGGGCAUGUUGGAGGAGGUGCAGCUGGAGCCAGGCGUGGUGCAUGCCAUCUUCCCCUGCCUGGACCGCCUCACCGGCAUCCAUGCCCGCUUCCUGGUACAGCUGCUCAACCGGCGCAACCACAGCCUGCAGCCUGGCAGCACCUACAACUUCACUAUCCACCAGCUGGGAGAUGUGCUGCUGGAACAGUUCUCGGGCCAGUGUGCUGACGAGAUGAGGAAGACCUACGCUGAGUUCUGCAGCCGCCACCUGAAGGCUGUCAAGCUGUACAAGGAGCUGCUGGCCAGAGACAAGAGGUUCCAGUACUUCAUACGGCGGGUGUGUCGGGGUCACCUGUUGCGUCGCCAUGGCAUCCAGGAGUGCAUCCUGUUGGUCACUCAGCGCAUCACCAAGUACCCCGUCCUCAUCCAGCGUAUCCUUGACAACACCAAGGACAAUGAAGAGGAGGCCUCCUGUCUGACCCAGUCUCUUACUCAGAUCAGGGAGCUACUCAGCUCAGUGGACCAGCAGGUGAUGGAGCUGGAGCGGACCCAGCGGCUUCAGGAGAUCCGGGCCAGGCUGGACCCACGGGCCGAGGCCAAGGUGAGGGACGGGGGCCUGUUCAGGGGAGGAGAGCUGCUCCGCAGGAGACUCUUCCAUGAGGGAACGCUGCUCUGGAAGACCCCUGGGUCCAGGUUCAAAGAUGUGCAGGUCCUGCUGAUGACAGACAUCCUAGUGUUCUUACAGGAAAAAGACCAGAGGUUCAUCUUCCCUUGUCUAGACAAGUCUCCGGUCCUCUCCCUGCAGAACCUCAUGAUUAGGGAGAUAGCUAAUCAGGAGCGAGGGCUCUUCCUCAUCAGUGACUCCUCCCCUCCGGAGAUGUACGAAGUCCAUGCUGCCUCGAAAGAUGACAAGAACACCUGGAUACGCCUCAUACAACACACUGUCAGCAGUUGUCCUUCCAGGGAAGAGUUCCCACUCAUAGAGACUGAAGACAAGGCCCUUCUGAGACGACUGAAAGCCGACAUCCAGCAGAAGGACCGGGAGGUGCUGGAGCUGCUCCAGGAGCGGGUCACCUUGUUCUUGGACCUGGCUGAGGUGACAGGGGGCCAGGAGGUCAUGCUGCCGGGGGGCCCCAACUCCCGGAACCUGUUCCGGGCCGACACGCCCCAAGCGCCGCUCGGCGAGAGAUUGCUCACUGACGCCAUCACAGAGGUGGAUAGGCUGAGUGAGCUACUGCUGGGCUCCACCUUUGAAAUGCCUCUGCCCUGCAGUUUCAACGGUCACCCGAACCACACGGGGGCGCUAAUGAUCAACGGUCAGGAGGUGGUUGUCAAUGGAACAGACGGGUCACCAGCAGCAAAGGAAGUGUAUCAGAGGCUGGUCAACCUUAGUGCCCACCUUCAUGCCCUCCAGGGCACCGUGAUCAAGCAGGACUCCAUCCUGGAGCUCUGCCUGCGCUCUAAGGGCCCACCAGUCGACGCCCCGACCACGGCCACCGAACGGGUCUGGCGCUCCCUGUCACGUGACACGGGCAUGGCCGAGGCCAGCACGGGGGCGGCCAUCGGGGAGCUGGCCCUGCUCCAGAGGCAGCACAGCCUCCUGCAGGAGGAGCUGGGUAGGCUGCGGGGGACCGAGGGCCGCCUGAGGGAUAGCGAAAAGGCCCGCGCCCAGCUGGAGAGGCUGGUCCGCGACAUGAAGGCCCACAGUGCCACCAUGGUGGACAGUAUGGGAACUGAAGGCUCAGAGCAGGCUCCACCCCUUCGCAGAGCAAGUGAAACCAACGCAGACACCCAAUUGGCCAGCCAGGAGUCAAUCGAGCAUUUGGAGGGGCAUCAUGAUGGCAGUGACCUGGAGGUGGAGGUGACAUCAGAUGAGGAGGAGGAGGCCAAAGCAUCACCGCGCUCGGAGAGUCCCCGAGAUCUUCAGGACAUUCCAGAGGAGAGCGAAGCCACAGCAGAACCACCACGAGAGCCUGACGUGUCACACUGCUCCCCUACUCUCAAAAAUAGUCAGAAGAGAACAAGAGAACUGAACUUGAUAUAGUCUUCCUCUUUUUACACUAAAAAGGAAGUACCAUAUUAAUUUUCAAAUAUAUAUAUAUAUAUAUAUAUAUUUGUUCCGUGGCUUUUGCUUUACAGUACACGACCAGCGGCAAUAUGUGACUUUACGUUAUUCUUUCGUGUUUCUCGCUUGGGAUUAUUUUGAUUUAUACUGCUCCCUUUUGGAAUCGACACUGGACUAAUGAGGACCUAUUAAAGUGGCGUGAAUAACAGGAAGGGAGUUAUGCAAUGAUGAUUUUCCAAAGAAGAAUAUGCAGGAAAUGGACAGCAAAUAUAAAAGCAGUGAAUGGCCAAACCUGAUGGGUUUUGUCUAAGUGAAUGGGAUACUGCAUUAAUGAUGGUUGGGUAGCUGCUUCUUUGCAUUAGGAUGUUGGAUGUGUAUAUAUAGCAGCUUGUGCUGAGACACACAGAUAAAACAAAAUAUGACACGCAGAUACAAACACACACCACACACACACACGGUCAUACAGUCCUUUACAUUUCCAUAAUUAGGAUGAUUAAUUCACAAUGCUGUUUAUGAUGCUAAUGAUUUGUUUAUUUAUUCUUCCUUCCUUAUUUAAGCUAAGACAUCUCAUGACAAAAGCCAAACAUUAGAGUGACUGUAUAAGAAAGAGAGAGCACUGUAUUUUUCUCUCCCCUAAUUACCUUGUUUUUACUUAGAAACCACAUGGCAACAGCAUAAUGACAAUUAUUAUUCCAAAAAGACUUACUUACCCACUGGUUUGUGGUUCAUUUCCUGCAGGGAUCACAUACAUAUACUUUAAAUACUCAAAGUAAUGUAACUCGCUUUGUGGCACAUAUACACUGAGUGUAAAAAACAUUAGGAACUGCUCUUUCCAUGACAGACUGAACAGGUGAAUCCAGGUGAA